UUGCUCUUAAAAUUGCCCGAAUUCCUGAAAAGAACAUAGUGAAGAACUUCUCAAAACGAAGUUUUCCCAGCAAACUUCUGACAAAUUGGGUUGAUCAGCCAUGGAAGUAGGUACAUUCGAUUCUCUAAUACCAUCUCGUUACAUUUCAUUUAUUUUUCCUAUUCAAUCUCUUUCCUGUCCAAUUGACUAUAUUGUAUCAAACUAUCUUCAAAUUUCUGUUCUUGAUUCACCAUUUAACCCCACUACUUUACCCAAAAUAGCCGCCAUGAUUGUCCCAAAACACCGUGAAAAUGAUUGGGUUUUCACCACAGAAGCUGGGCAUCUCCAGCUUCUUUUGAAUUCCCCUGGGAUUUCUAGGUUAAUUUUAAUUGGUAAUGCUCCUAAUUGUGAUAUAAAUGUUGGAAAUUUAUACAAAAGAUCAUUAGAAAAUUGCCCAAAUUAUAGGGUUAAGUUGGAGGAAAGUUUAUACCCUUUGUUGAUGGCUUUAAUACCUAAGGAAAUUGCUCAAUCGGGUAAUUUUGAUGUACCCUUUUUGAGUUAUGAGGAUAAUUUAAUUAGUAGUGCAGUACUAGAAUGUUGUGUUGGAGAUUGUGUAGGAGAAAUGCUCGUUGAAGAUGUCGAAAUCGAGGGUUCUAAGAGGGAGUUUCGGAGGCGAUUGAGGUUUAAGAAAAUGCCCAAUUUGAUACAAACACAAAUAAGCAUUGUUCCCAAUGGAUUUGACGAAGAUAUUUUGAAUUCCAUGUGUUUUAAAGAAGGGGAUUUUGAAAAGGGGAUUUUUAGUUUGGAUGUAAGAUCAUUAGUUCAUCCUUACUUAGAACCUAUGGUGUCAAGUCUUUGUUUAAUUGGUGGGUAUAUUGAAGAGUGCUAUGAAUCCAAUGUUAGGCCAAGAGGACUUUGCAUAGGUGUUGGAGGUGGAGCAUUGCUUAGUUUUCUAUCAUUGCAAUUAGGUUUCGAGGUUGUUGGUAUCGAGAUUGAUGAAGUUGUUUUGAGGAUUGCAAAACAAUAUUUUGGGUUACAAACUAGCAAUAGUUUGCAUCUUUGUGUUGGAGAUGGAAUAGAAAUUCUUAAGAAGGUAGCUUUUCUUAGCAACAACGACAAUGCCAAAGACGUAAUCUCAAAAGAUUGGGGUCGGUUACAUGAACCGAUAUAUCAGUCCCAAAAGAUUGGGGUCAAGUACAACGACAAAGCUUUUCUUAACAAUGGCAGUAAAUCAAGUUCUUUGGUAGAUAGUACAACAAGAAAGGAUUAUUGUAAGGAGUAUAUUGAGAAUUUUGGGUCUAAAUUUCUUGUUAUUAUGCUUGAUGUGGAUUCUAGUGAUGUUAAAAUGGAAAUUAGUGCGCCUACCUUGGAUUUUUUCCAAAAAGAUGUACUUCUAGCUGCUAAAUCAUCUCUUUUGAAUCAUGGUAUUCUAGUUUUGAAUGUAAUUCCUUCAGAUAAGUCAUUCUAUGAUAUGCUGAUACAUAAAUUGAAAGAAGUUUUUGUGGAUUUGUAUGAGAUAGAUUGUGGAAAUGAAGAGAAUUUUGUUCUUAUAGCCUCAAAAACAUCUGUUGCUGUUACUGAAAAUAAAUUUUUGAGGAAGCUGAAUUCAGUUAUUUCAGGAGCAUUUGUGGAUUCUGUUCGGAAAAUAUGAAGUUUAUGCUAAUAAUUUUGUACUUGAUUUCUCCGACUGCUAUAAGUACCGUAUUUUGAUCGAUAAACUUUGGUAGCUAUCCUAGCAUUAAACUUCAACAUUCAGGCCAUCGAGUUGAUUUCGGGUCAGAUCUUUCGGUUCAAAAUCUUUAUAUUCAUUUUGAAGUCUGGUCAAGUCGGGUUUGUUGCAAUGUCGGGUAAUACCGGGUCAGUUCUACUUCAAGGACUGUCAAGUGUCCCAGACCAGGAACGUUCUUUAUUUGGCAUUGCAAAAGUUAGCUAAGGUAUCACCAAGCAUGAAUUUGCAUUUGUCACUUUUUCCCCGAAAUUUUGAGGUGACAUUCACUUUCAGGAAAGCAAAUGUCUCCAUUUGUUCUUCUUUUUUUGUUGUCAACAUACCUGUGAUUUGUCCUAUUUCUGCAUUUUCUACCGUGUGUUUUGUCGAAGAUCUGAAGCUAAUGAGGCAAAUGGUUAUGUUCUGGGAGGCACCCCAGUUCAAGGAUCUGAUACUUUCGAGCAAUCAAGAUGACUGUGAUCUUUAUCCUUCCUACUUUACAAUAAGUAAUCCAUGUUAAUUUGUGUAUUAAAUGCUGCUGCCAUCUAUUUUGUUUUAACUGCAGCGAGCCACCUGCAAGGCUGCAGUUUAGCUCAUUGUGUAUUUUGUGUAAUUUGUACUUUUUUAGUGAUUGAAAAGUCAACAAUCCAGUAUCUCGCAUAAGUCAGGGUCGGGGGAAGAGGAUAGCGGACAUAUCGUACCCGUGCCCCCUCCAAGGAGAGGGCACGGAGAAAUGAAAUCUCCUUAUAUCUUCACCAUGGGAUGUUACCUGUGAUUAAAUCUUGCCUUUCCGAUGAUCAAAAUUCAGCACUUUCUUGUUCCUGAAGAAUUUCUGUUCAGUUUAUGUCUUUAUCAUUUCCUUGAGUGGAUUAUGUUUGUUCUAGAUGAGAAAGAGGUGCUCGGGCCCUAGAGGAAAGAUUAGCAGUGGAAAUGUUGGCUGCUGCAUAAGGCACAGACGGAUCACAAGUAGAUGAAUCAAAUACAGAGAGACGGAAGAGUAUUCUUAACUUUAACAAAGCUCGACCUAAGGAGUCAUACUACAAUGCUUAAACAACCAGUUGAAGAAAUUUUUUUUCGUAAAAAAGAAAUGAGGAAAACAUAGUUGUCCAAAAAACUUCAACCAAUGAUAAUGCUUCCUGGAAAGGUAUGUAACUAUACUUUCUCCGUUCUGUUAUACUUGCUACAUUUGACUUUUUACGCAAUUUUUAUGUCAAUUUAAUCGGUUAUAUAUGGAGUUAUGUAUAACCAAAAAGUUUACUUCUAAAAAGUUACAAAUAUAAAAAUAUGUGAUUAGACGAUUCAAACAAGAUUCAACUUGAUUAUAUUUUUUCUUACACAUUAGGCAUUAGCCGCAAUAUAAAAUAUAAGCCUGAAUGACGAAUAGUGUUAAUAACCAUAAUGUAGCAAGUAUUUCAGAAUGGAGGAAAUACUAUUUUCGUUCCACUGGAUUUGCUACACUUCCCAUAGUUGAUUGUCCUAAUAAGUUUGCUGCUAACUUCUCGUUGUAUUCCUGGAGUUCUCUCCUAUAUCUUUCUUUAUCUCUCAACCCAAUAUUUUGAUAAAC